AUGUCCAAGCCCAAGGUCCUUCUUGUCCUCUACGAGGGUAAAGAUCACGCACGCCAGGAACCUAAACUUCUUGGAUGUAUUGAAAACGAAUUGGGAAUCCGUGACUUUGUUGAGUCCUAUGGAUACGAAUUGGUUUCCACCACAUCCAAGGAUCCCGUUGGCUCUUCUGAGGUUGACAAGCACUUGGAAGACGCAGAGGUGGUGAUCACCACUCCCUUCUAUCCAGCCUAUAUCACCAAAGAGAGAAUUGCAGAGGCUCCCAAGUUGAAGAUUUGCAUCACUGCCGGUGUGGGCUCGGAUCAUGUUGAUUUGAACGCUGCCAAUGAACGCAAAAUUACUGUAGCAGAGGUUACCGGUUCCAACGUUGUCUCCGUGGCCGAGCAUGUCGUCAUGACAAUCUUGGACUUGGUCAGAAACUUUGUGCCAGCCCAUGAACAGGCUAUGGCUGGCGGUUGGGACAUUGCCGCUGUAGCCAAGGAUACCUACGACUUGGAAGAUAAGGUGGUAGCUACCGUGGGAUGUGGUCGUAUUGGAUAUCGUGUUUUGGAAAGACUUGUUGCGUUCAAUCCAAAGAAGCUCUUGUACUAUGAUUAUCAGGACUUGCCUGCUGCUGCUGCCGAGAAAAUCAAUAAGGCGUCCGAAUUAUUCAACGGCAAAGGUGACAUUCUUCACAGAGUUGAGAAAUUGGAAGAUAUGCUCUCCCAAGCUGAUGUGGUCACCAUCAAUUGUCCUUUGCACGAAGGAAGCAAGGGUUUGUUCAACAAAGAGAUGAUAAGCCACAUGAAAGAUGGUGCUUGGUUGGUCAAUACGGCCAGAGGUGCCAUUUGUAUCGAACAAGAUGUAGCGGAUGCUGUUACUCUGGGUAAAUUGAGAGGAUAUGGUGGAGAUGUGUGGUACCCCCAACCAGCUCCUGACUCCCACCCUUGGAGACACUUCAGGAACAAGUACGGUGGUGGUAAUGCAAUGACUCCCCAUGUUAGUGGUACUUCCUUGGAUGCUCAGGCAAGAUAUGCUGCCGGUGUCAAGGAACUCUUGAGGGCUUACUUCGAGAAAACUUUCGACUAUGAGCCUCAGCACUUGAUUGUCAUCGACGGUGAUUAUGCAACCAAGGCCUACGGAAACAGAAAAUGA